AUGGUUUCAUUUUCCCCGGUACAGGCCCUCAGCGUGGCGCUGGCCUUCUGGGUCAGUUCGGUCGCCGGUACUGCUUGUAACCCUCGCGGGUACCUAACAGUAGCAACGACAAACGGACCUGUUACUGGCCACCUUGCCCCCAAUGCUUCGUGUGUUGUCGAGUACCUGGGCGUGCCCUAUGCGAAGCCUCCCGUGGGGGACCUGAGGUUUGCGCCGCCCCAGAAAAUCAGCGCCCGCAAUGCGUAUGAGGCUGCCAACUUUGGCUUCGACUGCCCGUUGUCCGCGGCGCCGACGCCAGACUUCCCCGGCUUCACGCCGCAGGCCCGUCGCAUCGUCUCCUUUUUCGCCUCUGGUGCGGGCACGCCGCAGAGUGAGGACUGUCUGACGCUCAACAUCUGGGCGAAACCCACGGCACGGUCGACGAGGGCAGCAAAGCCCGUUGUCGUCUUCUUCUACGGUGGACGGUUCGCCAUUGGCAACACCAACAGCCCCUUCUACACGGGCAAGUACUUCGCUGAGGCCGAGGAUGUCAUUGUCGUGACGGUCAACUACCGUCUGAACAUCUUUGGUUUCCCCGGCAUCCCCGGCCAGCCGCAGAACCUCGGCCUCCGCGACCAGCGGGCAGCCGUCGAAUGGAUCCGUGACAACAUCAAGCGCUUCGGUGGCGAUCCCACCAAGAUCACCAUCACCGGCCAGUCCUCAGGCGGCGUUGCUGUCGACUACUGGACCUACGCCUACCGCCGCGACCCCAUCGCCAACGGCAUCAUCGCGCCUUCAGGCAACGCCUUCAGCUUCCCCGUCAACGCGCCCGGCGUUCCUCGGCGCAACUGGGAGACGGUCGUCAGCGCUGUGGGUUGCAGCUCGGCCGCCGACGUCCUCGCCUGCAUGCGUGCCGCCGACUGGCAGGCCAUCCGCACAGCUGCCGCCGCCGUGCGCCCGACCGCCAGCAGCAGUGUGCUCCGCUCGAUCCCGCCCUUCUACCCGACGCCCGACGGCACUCUUGUCUUUGAGGACUACGUGUCGCUGACGGCCGUCGGCUCCUUUGCCCGCCUGCCGGUGCUCCUCGGCAACACGGCCAACGAGGACGGCUACUACCGCAUCCCGGCCUUCCGCGCCGGCACCGUCCCCACAGACGCCCAGGUGACGGCCUUCCUCCUCGAGUCCUUCACCUGCCCCGUCUCCCACCAGGCCGCCGCCCGCGCCGCCCGCGCCGUCCCCGCCUGGGCGUACCGCUACCUCGCCGACUGGGACAACACGCGCCUCUACCCGACGAGUGGUGCCUACCACGGCGUCGACCUGCACAUGAUCUUCGGCGCCUCCGCCGACACGAGCGGCCUGGCGACGACCGCCGACCAGGAGGCGCUGACGCGCGUCAUGCAGAGCGGGUGGUUCGCCUUUGCCGACGAUCCCUGGCGCGGCCUCACCAGGCUCGGCUGGCCGACCUUUGACCGCCAGACCAAGUCGCUGCUGCUCCUGGGCGAGAACAACUCGCCUGUGCCGAGGCUCGUCAAGCCGUCCGAGUUUGACGCGCCGUGCUCGACCGUCACCCUGGGCGCUCUAGGAACGCCGUCGUCGUAA